AUGUCGAACGCAACUGUAGUCUCGCCAUCUAUUGACAUUGUCCGUCUAGUAACCGUUAUCUUAGCAAUGGACAAUUCGAUGUUAGUUGCGCUGUACAUCAUCGGUAUGAUAGGAGCCAUAUUGAACAUGAUAACGUUUGUUCAACGACAGAUUCGAACGAAUUCUUGUUCAAUUUAUUUUUUGUCAACUGCGAUCAUUGACUUUUGGAUUAUGAAUGUAUUUCUUCUGUUGGAAAUCUUAACAAGAUUUAACUUAUCGUUGUCACCAUUGAUUUACAAAACACGAAUUUGGUGUAAAUUUGGAAAUUUUCUUCUUUCGAUUUUACCAUGUCUAUCAUCAACAUACUUAACACUUGCAUCUGUCGACCGAUUUUGUGCAAGCUCGUUGAAUUCGACGCUUCGAAAAUGCAGUCAAUUGAAAGUCAGUCGAAAUGUCGUGCGAGUCGUUUUUAUUCUUUGGGUGUUAUUUGAGUUACACAUUCCCAUCGGUUACGAUUAUGUGUUUAAUUCGAUAACAAAUAAUACUGCAUGUCAAGUUACUGUUGGCUCUCCGACAGUCUACCUUGUCAUCGAUGGAUUCUUCUUUGCCCUAUAUAACGGAGCUGUUGUUCCGUUUUUUCUAUGUACAUUUGGCUUGUUGAUAUGUUACAAUAUGAAACGAAGUCGAGGACGAGUUGCUGCGCAACAAACAACACGCAGUAAUCGAACAACCGUCGACCCAAUACCAUCGACAAAUCAAGUCCGAUUAGUUCCUACUCGAAAUAAUUUCCAUAUGUUGACCAUGCUGUUAAUGCAAGUGACAGUCACCAUAUUUCUAAAUGUCCCGUAUAUGGCCAUUUAUCUCUACGGCUACUUUAAUCAACCACCGAAAGAUUUAUAUCAGUAUGCUCUGUACAUCAUAUUCACUUUCAUUGCUCGAUGGUUCUAUUAUAUGAAUUAUUGUAAAACUUUCUAUGUAAAUACUUUGACAAGCCGGUUAUUUCGGAAGAGUCUUCAACAGCAAUUUCUCAUGCUUGUUCGUAGACGUACAAUCAGUUCAGUACUUUAA